GUUUUACCGUUAAUGGCAUUUAUAGAGAAACGUUGGUUGGUUGGUUGGAUGGCCUUUUUUCUUUGUCAACUUGUCCAAUAAUAAAAAUUUUUGUUAUUAUUUUAUGUUUAUCUUUACAUAAAAUAUAUAGUUUAUAUUCUUAGAUAUUUACUAGCUUCUAAUACCCAAAAAAACUUAUUUUUAAAUCUGAAUAUAAUCUCAUUAAAUAUUUACAAAUUUAUUUUUUAAUUAAAUUAAAUUAAAAAACAUUAUUAAGGGGCAACACACAACAUUUCAUAAAAAAUAUUUUUUAUGAAAGCCUCUUUUUGUUAUUUUAAAAUGUCCAAGAAAAAAUUAUUUGAUUUUUUCUUAACCAUUUUUACAUUUAAUUUACUUUUUGCUGUGCAACUUUGUAAUGGAUUUAUGUCAUCAGAACAACAAAAUCGUUUAUAUUCUGAAGGAGGUUCUUAUUCAACAAAACAAGAAAAUGAUAAAUCUUCAACUGCUGGACUUGCUGAAGAAUUAGAAAUGGAACAAGAAUAUGAACAACCAAAUUUAUAUACAGAAUCUUUUCAAGAAGAGCGUCAACGUCAACGUUUGGCCAAUAUAGUAGAUCAACUUAGACAACAAAAUGUUUAUAAUCAACAAUUUAAUGCCGCCCCUUUAUUCGAAGAAAACGAGGAUAAACCUUUUUUAAAUCCUGAAGAGCCCCGGUUAAGAAAUAGAAAUGCUGAAGAAUUGGAAGAAUUGCGACGACUUGGUAUGGAAUUAAAACAAAUUAGCGGGGAAAAAAUUGGAGAAGAAAUGGGAGGAGAUUCCGAAGGGAGUACUGAAGAAGAGGAAGAGACUGGAUCAAGUCUGAUCACUCAUUAA